AUGCCUGGCAGAGUCGCCGCCCGUUCGACAUCUGCGACGACACGCAGGUCGUCAGCACAGCCCUCUGCGUCUGGGCGUGCUGGCUCCGUUACUCCAUCGUUUGCGAUCCCCGAAGAACCAACAGAGCCAUCAUCGUCCCCCACUUUGCGUCGCGAUGUGUGCUUGCUCUUUGCGGAUGCUCAGCGCUCCACUACCGGUCACCGAAAGCUUGUUGUGCGCCUGCGCAAGCUCCAAGAGUUUUGCUGUGGUAUCUCACAAAAGAAGAAUAACAAAGGAAAAGACCAAGAGCCCGAGGAGGCAUUGAUUCCCGGUGAGGAAACGGAGGCCGAGAAGGAAUUCAACACGGAAGUCGGCCGCUGCAUGCUCCGGAUUCUCACAAUCAAGAAGAGCGAGCCUGUUGGAGACCGAAUUUUGCGCUUCUUGGGUACUUUCCUCGGUCAUGCCGCUGAGAAAGAUAAUGAGAUUUUUGCCGCGGGUGAAGAUGAUGACCACAAUCCCGAGACACCAACUGCCCGCCUCACAUCUAGUCUUAUUUCGCUGAUGGGACCCGUCAUGGGUGCCAAGGAUAAGAUGGUGCGCUUCCGCGCAACACAAAUUACCGCCCACAUUGUGAACUCGCUGGAAUCGAUCGACGACGAGCUAUACCAUACGAUAAGACAGGGCCUUCUGAGGCGUCUCCGUGAUAAGGAGGCCUCCGUCCGGGUACAGGCGGUCCUGGGGCUAGGACGUUUGGCGGGAGACGAUGGAGAAGACGAAGGCAAUGACGACAACUCUGCCCUUCUUGAGAAGCUGAUCGAAAUUAUGCAAAAUGAUACAAGCGCCGACGUUCGCAAAAUGCUCCUCACAAAUCUCCCCCUCGCUCCAGUGACGCUUCCUUAUCUUCUUGAGCGAGCCCGUGAUCUGGAUGCCCCUACCAGACGCGCACUGUACUCACGUCUUCUGCCUACCCUGGGCGACUUCCGCCAUUUAUCUCUAUCAAUGAGAGAAAAGCUCCUCCGAUGGGGUCUACGUGAUCGUGAUGAAAGUGUUCGUAAGGCUACGGCCAAAUUGUUCUACGACAGAUGGGUCGAGGAUUGCGCUGGCACGAACAAUGACCCGAAUCAGGGACCAACUGGCCAGCGCUCUGCACCCGACAUCAACGCGCUGCUUGAACUUCUGGAGAGAAUUGACGUUGUUAAUUCUGGAAUGGAAAGCGGAAUUGCACAUGAGGCAAUGCGCGGGUUCUGGGAGGGCCGUGCGGACUAUCGUGAAGCUGUUGUCUUUGACGAGCCUUUCUGGGAGAAUCUAACUGGUGAAUCCGCGUUCUUGCUCCGGUCCUUCAACGACUUCUGCCGCGUGGAGAAUGAAGGCAAGUACGACAGCCUAGCAGAAGACAAGAUGCCCGAGGUCACCGCGAUGGCCUAUUUCCUAGGCAAAUACAUCACUAAUCUCUUGGAGCGGAAGAAGAUUUCCAAAGAGUCUGGUGAAGCGAAUGAUGAUGACGCUGUCGAGCACGAAUUUGUUGUGGAACAGUUGCUCCAUAUCGCCAUCACUCUAGAUUACAGCGAUGAGGUCGGUCGACGAAAGAUGUUCUCGCUUCUGCGAGAAACUUUGGCCGUGCCAGAACUCCCGGAAGAGAGCACGAAACUCGUCGUUGAAACACUCCGCUGUGUCUGCGGACCUGAUACUGCAGCUGAGGCCGAAUUUUGCAGUGUUGUUCUGGAAGCUAUUGCCGAAGUUCACGACACCAUCACCACCGAAGAUAGUUUUGUUUCUGCUAGGUCUGAGAUCAGUGACGACACUAGCAGACGAUCCGAAACUCCUGGGGAUGAAGAGGUCGCUCCCUUUAAUAAGGAAGAAGCCAAGGCCAAGAUCGUCCGCGAGAUUGUUGUUAAUAUGAAGUGUCUGUAUAUUGCUCAGUGCAUGUUGCAGAAUGUCCAGGGCCACCUGCAGCAGAACAUGAACCUGGUUACUAUGCUGAAUAACCUUGUGGUGCCCGCUGUUCGCAGCCACGAAGCUCCAAUCAGAGAGCGUGGUCUCUUGUGCUUGGGUCUUUGCUGUCUGCUUGACAAGAAUUUGGCCGAAGAAAAUAUGACACUCUUCAUUCACUGCUAUAGCAAGGGUCACGAGGCAUUGCAAGUCACAGCUUUACAAAUCCUCUGCGAUAUGAUCACAACUCACCCAUCCCUACUCGCUCCCGUUACCCAGGCUGAUGGCGAGACCGUCACGCCACCUGCCAUGCAGAAGCCUUUGCUGAAGGUUUUCGCCCGAGCUCUGCGUGCCAACUCUCCCAACAGCGUGCAGUCCGGAGCAGCCGCCGCUCUCUGCAAGCUGCUACUUACCAAUACCUUCACACCCUCUGGACCGAAUGUCCCACCCGCAAUCCAGGAACUCAAUCAGAAUGCUGUUGAAACUCUGUUGCUGUCCCUCGUGGUCUCCUUCUACCACCCACGCACUCGUGAAAACCCAGCACUACGACAGUCAUUGGCUUAUUUCUUCCCUGUAUACUGCCAUUCCCGCGUGGAAAACACGCAGCACAUGCGCCGGGUGGCCGUACCGGUUAUCCGUGCUGUGAUGAAUGCUGCAGAGGAACACUACUCACUCGAGGCCGAGGAAGACAGUGAUGGGGAAAUCGAUCCAAGCGUCGGCGAGCGCGAGGUCAAGGCUCUCAUGGCUGGUGUUGUUGGUAUGCUUUCUGAGUGGACUGAUGAGCGCCGAGUCGUUGGCCUCGGUGGUGAACGAAUUCUGGCUGGCGGUGCUGCAAGCUCCAAUGUUUGUGGAUGGGUUCACCUCGCCCUAGUUAAGGAGAUCCUCGAGCGUGUUCUCGGUGUCAGCGCUGCCGCGAAUCGCUGCUCACGCGAAGAACGCAAGCUUCUCUUUUCUCUUCUCAGCAAGCUUUACUUCGCCGCCCCUACAGUACCGGCGCCUGCACGAGCUAGCUCUCGUGCCCCCGAGGGGGAUGAUCAAUUCCGAACUAGCAUUCGCAGUGCUACGGGUGUCGAAAUCGAUCCUGAAAACACUGCGCUCGCGACCGAGGUCAAGGACCUAUUGGACCAAACCAUUGAAGAGGGUCUCGCCGCUGAAGCCUCCAGCCGAAAUGCUCUCGUCAAGGCCAAGAACGCGAUCCUCAAGAUCCUUGCCGUUGCACAGGAUGGUCGCGCUGCUAGCGCUCGUCCUCGUGAAGGCACUGAAGACCCUGACAACGAUGGAGCUAGUGUACGCUCUGGUAGUGUUCGUCGCUCUGUGGACCCUACUGGUGGUUAUAGCCGUCGUCGUGUCUCUGUUGAGCCGAGUAUCAUGGAGGAAGACGAGGGUGAGGGUGACAGCCGUCUUACUUCUGCUACAGCCAAUCGUCCCAUUGUCUCCAUUGAACCCAGUAUCAUGGAAGAAGAUGAAGAUGACCAUGAUACUAGUAGGGGGACAAUAAUCAAGGAAGAGACGGGUGAUGAGUGA